AUGGCCGAUGUUAUGAGAGCUAAAGUUUCUAAGACGUCCUCUAAAAAGAGUGACGCAAAAAAAUUGGCAGAAAAGAUCAAAAAAAGGGCUCUUGAGCAGAAGGUACAAGCAGGAGAAACCACAAAGGAUGAGAAAUCAACUGAUUCACCAGCUGCAUCCAUAUCCACCGAAGUUGAUCCUGAUGCCCCACCAAAGUUCACGACAUUUUCCGAAUUGAAGCUUAUUCCAGAGCUUCUUGAGUCUAUUGAAAACAUGAAAUUCACAAAACCUACUCCUAUUCAGGCUGAGGCUAUUCCACAUGCCUUGGAAGGGAAGGACAUCAUUGGAUUGGCACAGACUGGUUCCGGUAAAACUGCAGCCUUCGCAAUUCCAAUCUUACAGGCCCUUUGGGAUGCUCAGCAGCCAUACUACGGUCUUGUAUUGGCCCCUACCAGAGAGCUUGCCUACCAAAUCAAGGAAACUUUCGAUGCCUUGGGACUGUCUAUGGGUCUUAGAACUGUAUGUGUAGUUGGUGGUAUGGAUAUGAUGGACCAGGCAAGAGACCUCAUGCGUAAGCCACACAUCAUUGUUGCCACUCCUGGCCGUAUAAUGGAUCAUUUGGAACAUACCAAGGGGUUCUCCUUAAAGAAAUUGCAAUACCUUGUUAUGGAUGAAGCGGACAGAUUGCUUGAUUUGGAUUUCGGUCCUGCUCUAGACAAGAUUUUAAAGAUUAUUCCUACAAAACGUACUACUUAUCUUUUCUCUGCCACUAUGACCAAUAAGAUUGCCAAAUUGCAAAGGGCCUCUCUUCAUAACCCAGUUAAAGUUGCAGUAUCCGAAAAAAACCAGACUGCUGAUAAUUUGAUCCAGUCCAUGAUGCUUGUCAGUGAUGGUAAGAAGAACACAGUACUCAUACAUUUACUUAACGAGCAUAUUGGUAAGUCUACCAUCGUAUUCUGCAGAACCUGUGCACAUGCUCAACGUACUGCAUUACUUGCAUCUAUCCUCGGAUUUUCCGUGACCCCAUUGCAUGGCCAACUCUCGCAGGCGCAGAGAAACGGUUCUCUCAAUAAGUUCAAGGCUGGAAAGGCAUCCAUUCUUGUAGCGACCGAUGUUGCCGCCAGAGGUAUUGAUAUCCCAGCAGUUGAUCUUGUGAUCAACUACGACAUUCCACAAGAAUCUAAGACUUAUAUUCACAGAGUGGGGAGAACUGCAAGAGCAGGACUCUCUGGUAAGGCCAUCUCGCUCAUUACUCAAUAUGACUGGGAAAGUUUCUUGAGAAUUGAACAGGCAUUACAGAAGAAACUCACCAAGGAUGAUGUUUCCAAGGAAGUCUUGGAUGCAUUACAUGUUCACGUGGAUAGAGCCAGUGCUGAAGCCAUCAGAAGAACAAAGGACUAUCACGAAACAAGGGAUAGUAGAAGAGGAAGAAAGGGUAAGGACGAUAGAGACUAG